AUGACAGAAUUAGGAGACAAAUUUGCAUUGAUUGUCAAUAUUGGAGGUUAUUUUGUGAACUGUGGACCUGUUGUGGAGUAUAUAUGUGGUAGUUUAAAGAGUAUUUAUGGGUUAGAUGCUGAUAGAUUUGGCUACUUUGACCUACAAGAAGAAAUUAAGAAGUUGGGAGUUAACAAGUAUGAAAAAAUUGUGUAUAGAAUACCCAAUGCUGGUGUUGGAGCUGAUAGUUUGAGAGAUGUAAUUGAUGAUAAAGGGGUUAUGGAGAUUAUUAGUUGUGGUAAGAAUAACAAAACUAUAGUUCAGAUUUAUGUGGUUGGUGGUGACAUUAUUGAUGAUGAAGCAGAUGAGAAUGUUGAGGCAUCAUUCCAGACAAAAUCUUCUAGCCAGCAAGAUACUGAUGAUGGGGAAGAGGUGAAUGGUUUGAGUCAGGCUGAGGCAUCAAUUGAGGAAGAGCCUGCAGACCAGUUGGAGGAUAUUAAUGAUAUUAUUGACAACUUCACUUCUGUUGAACAUGGUGAAGGUGAUGCAGAAACUAAUAAUGCAUGUGCUGGGUUGGGGUCACAAGAGUCAUCUGAUGAUGAAGAUUAUUUUCCAACUGGGGUGAGUUCAUCAGAUGAUGACCUUUCUGAUGAUCAUCUUUCUGAUGAUGAUGAAUAUGUUCAGGCAAGAAAGAACUUAAAGGAGUCUAGGAAAAAAGUUCAAGAUUGGGAUGAUGAUGCAGGCUAUACACAUCCAAUGGCCACAGCUGAGAUGGACUUUGAAGAGGAUGAAUUGUUACAUAAUGCACUAAUCUCUGAUGAAGGAAGGCCCAGACAGCAUACUGCACCCCACACUGUGGUUCAACCACCCCAAACUGAGACCAUGACAAGCCCACCAUCUGAGACAAUGACAAGCCCACCAGUUGAGAGGCUGACAAGACCACCAGUUCAGAGGAUGACAACCCGUGGGUCAACCACUGGUAGAGGAAGAGGAAGAGGGCAGAGGAGUGGGUCUACCACUGCUAGAGGAAGCGGAAGAGGGCAAAGUAGUGGGUCUACCACUGCUAGAGGAAGAGGAAGAGGAAGAGGGCAAAGUACAGGGGACUUCAUAUGCACUCAAGAGAUGCCAGAGGUGAAAACAUCGGCCUCAUCCAAACAGCCGCACAGCCUCCGCACGGGGAUAUUGGAUGAAGCGCUAUGUUGCGAAUUAGGGCUUGUACGAGACGCGUACGACAUUUUCAGAGGAUGGAGCUGCGAAAUUAGGGCAACAAUUUGGGGAAGAACACGGAUCGAAGCUGCAAAAUCGUGA